CUUGCUGGUUCAAUCCGUGAAUAUCGUGAAAAAGCAAUAUCACGAUGUUGUUAUAAAAAGCACUUUGGUCGGCAUUUUAUCUAUAAAUUUAUCAUCGAAACCCGUAUUUGGCGUGUCCAAGUCACUCUUGCUACCGCAAAGGCACCGCAUGAUAGCAUCAUAACUCGAGCUCGCAAGUGGAGAGAGAGAGAAAAAACCGUAAAGUAUGAAAGAUUCGCACAAAUUCUGGUCGACGCAGCCCGUGCCGCAGCUCGACGAGAAGCCGGAGACGAACGAAGCGAUCGAGCCGGACAAGGCGGUGUCGGAAAUUCGUGCCGAACCGUAUUCCCUGCCCGAAGGUUUCGCCUGGGAAACGCUCGACUUGAACGAGCCGCUUGUGCUGAAGGAAUUGUACACGUUGCUGAACGAGAAUUACGUGGAGGACGACGACGCGAUGUUUCGUUUCGAUUAUCAGCCGGAAUUUCUCAAGUGGGCGCUUCAACCGCCGGGUUGGUUGAAGGAAUGGCAUUGCGGCGUUCGCGUGGUGAAAUCGGGACGUCUUGUUGGUUUCAUUUCUGCCAUUCCGGGAACAUUGGCUGUCAUCGAUAAAACGAUAAAAAUGGUCGAAAUCAACUUUUUGUGCGUUCACAAGAAAAUUCGGUCGAAACGUUUGGCGCCCGUGCUCAUCAGAGAGAUUACGCGUCGUGUUAAUGUCACGGGGAUCUUUCAAGCGGUGUACACGGCAGGCGUGGUGUUGCCCAAACCCGUCACUACAUGUCGCUACUGGCAUCGUAGCUUGAACCCCCGCAAGCUAAUCGACAUCAAAUUCUCGCAUUUGUCGCGCAACAUGACGAUGCAACGUACUAUUAAGCUGUAUAAACUACCUGAUCAACCAAAAACGCCCGGUUUCCGUAAAUUAACGGCGAAAGAUGUCCCCAAGGCACACGCCUUGCUCACCAAAUAUCUCGCCCGCUACAAACUCCGACCGAUUUUCGACGAAGACGAGUUCGGGCAUUGGUUCUUGCCGCAAAACAACAUCAUCGAUAGUUUCGUCGUCGAAAGCAAGGAUGGCGAAAUUACGGAUUUGGUGAGUUAUUACUGCCUUCCGUCGACCGUGAUGCACCAUCCGACGCAUAAACAGCUAAAGGCCGCCUACUCCUUUUAUAAUGUCGCCACGUCAACGUCGCUGCUCGAUUUGAUCAAUGACGCACUGAUUUCCGCGAAAAAUUUGAACUUUGAUGUCUUUAAUGCCUUGGACCUCAUGGAGAACAAGACGUUCCUGAAGGAACUCAAGUUUGGCAUUGGCGACGGAAAUUUGCAAUAUUAUCUGUACAAUUGGCGAUGUCCGAACAUGGUACCGGAAGACAUUGGUCUGAUUUUGCUGUAAAAAGGAAAAAAAGCAAGCAGCGAACAACGAGCCUUCUUCAUUGCAUUACACAUUUCAACUUCAACUUAGUCGGGUGGUGUUCAGUCAUUUUGUUUAAAUUUAAGAUAAAUCACGUAUUGAUGUACGGAAAUUUGUAAUAGUCUUUUAAUUCACAAUAAAAGUGCUAAAAAUUGAAAUUUUCAUUUCUUUAA